AUGCACUUCCAGGCUGUUGCUGACGGGGCCCUCAUCGCGCCCUGCGGCUGCCUCGACGUCCGCGCCACGCCUCGCGUUGCCGCCGCCGCCGCCGCCGCCGCAGCGCCCGACGCGGCCCCACCGCCGGCGCUGCCGCGACUGCGCCGGCUGUGCGUUGCGCAGGCGUCGCCAGCGCUCGCGCGGCUCGCGCCGCGGCUGCGCGUGGUCGAUCUCAGAUCGUCGGACGUCGGGCUCAGCCACCUCGCGCAGUGCGAGCCGCACUGCUCCGUGGAAGAACUCUGCAUAGGGCCCCCUGCAAUCCCCUGCACGUCAGGCUACCUCGCCCGCCGCGCCAGGGGCCGUCCCGGCGGCGACGCAGCCUUCACGUCUGGCGCGCCCGCGCCGCUGCUGGCCUUCGCGCAUCUGCCGGGCCCCGGCUCGUUCCCCACGCUCUCGCGCCUGCGCCUCCGCGGGGGCGGCGCCCUCGCGCUGCAACUGCUGUCAGAGCUCGGGCCGUUCGCCGGCCCGCGGCUGCGCGGCCUGUCCGUCGAGUGGGCGGCCGCCGACGGCCCCGCGCCGCUCGCGCGCGCGCUGCGGGCGCUGCUGCCGCUGGCGGGCGCGCUGGAGGCGCUGCGGGUCGAGGUGUUUGCCGCCGGCGCGCCGCCGCUGGCCCCGGCGCGCGCAUGGGACGAUGCGGCGCUCGCGGCGCUGGCGUUCGAGCUGCUGGGCGUGCGUCCGCGCUCGCUGCGGCGCGUGGACGUCGUGCUGCCGCCGGGCGCGGUGUGGGACCCUGCGCUGGGGGGCGCCUGCUUGGACGGCGCCUCAUGGGCGGGGUGCGUGCGCCUGAUGGGCCACCUGCCGUGGCUGCACAUAUCGGAGGGCAGGGGCGGCGCUGGGGGAUUAAAAGCAUGGGACUGGACGGAUGACUUUGAAGGCGCUGAGGCUUGCUGA